AUGGCACUCACACCCCUCCGCAGAACCGGCUGCUACCUCACGCUCCUCUUCCUCCUCUGCAUCGUCAUCUUCAUCGUGACCUUGCAGGUGCUAUGGGAGUCCUCCGACCCAUCUGCUCAUACAACCACCACCGCGCCUCGCCCUGCAACCCACCUCUUCGCUCCCAAUUCUCCGCAGUCCUCCCAAUGGUCGUUCCGCCACCCCCGCGACGCCUCCAACCACGGUCUCAGCGAAGCGCAAUGCCUCGCCGCCUUCCCAUCCCUCUACCACGAAAUCGACCGCGCCGUCGCCCACCGCCGUAGCGUCGGUAACAUCACCCUCAACGACGUCGACCCCGCCUGGCGCGGCGACGGCAUCGUGCGCGCUAUGAUCCACCACAACAAUCUCUACAUCCUCGAAGCGCGCGGGGUCUCUGACCACAACCACCGGCCCCGCUCGCUCGCGACGCUGCAUGCGAUCCACCGCGCCAUUGUGGCGAGCCAGGAACCACUGCCGGAUAUCGAGUUCACGUUCACGGUCCACGAUUACGUGGAGUUAGGGGAGGAGGAAGGGAAGCCGGGCCAUACGACGUGGGCGUAUGCGCGGCUCGAGAAGCAGGAAACCUUGUGGCUGAUGCCUGAUUUCAACAUGUGGAGUUGGCCGGACGUGGGGAUACGGUCGUAUGGGGAGUUCCAGGAUCUUGUGCUAGAGGACGACGAGGGGGCCGCGGAGUUUGUGGAUAAGAUCCCGAAGCUCGUGUGGCGGGGCGCAGUGCAUGGCCUUGCUGCUGAGGAUGUGCGGGGGAGCUUGAUAGAGCAUGCGCAGGGGAGGGAGUGGAGCGAUGUGCAGGCGCUGGAUUGGGGGAACAAGACGGAUAUUGAUGCGAAGUUGCUGAGUAUGCAGCAGCAUUGUGGAUACCAGUAUUUGGCGCAGACGGAGGGGAAUACGUAUUCCGGGCGGCUGAAGUUUCUGCUGAACUGUGGGAGCGUGGUUGUGGCGCAUAAAAUGAAUUUCGUGGAGCAUUUUCAUCACCUGUUGGAUGCGAGUCGGGGAGAGGGGCAGAAUAUCGUGAGGUUUAGGGACAGAGAUUUCAAAGAGCUAGAGGAGACGAUAGAAUACUACCUCGCUCGGCCGCUGGAGGCGCAGCGGAUUGCUGAGAACAGUGCGAGGCUGUUUCGGGAGAGGUAUUUGACCUCUGCAGCUGAGGCGUGCUACUGGCGGGUGCUGUUCAGGGGCUGGGCGCAGGUCCAAGGCUUUGAGGUGGAGUUCUACCGCCCAGAGGAGCAUGGAAGGAAGCGGAAGCCUAGAGGUGUGCCUUUUGAGAGCUAUGUCAUCAUGGAGACGGUGGACUGGGAGAUACCGCCGAAGGCGCGGAAGAUUUGUGAAUAUGACCCUUAG